UAAUCUUUCGAUUCGUCGGUUUCUCGGCUUUCUUGGCUCUGCGCAUCAAGGAACAUCACUCAGUGUCUGCAUGGGAGGAGCGCUUCCACCCCUUCGGAAAUCCUUGGCGGUAGGCUUUGGGCAACAGUCCAGCUGAAUUAGCAUCAGACAAUGGCUCGAGGCCGCUAGCUGCCUGCGCUCGACGGCAGUGAGGAGAGAGAACCCUAUAAAGAUUUGACGGCUUGUGUGAAGGGGCCCCCGCUCCGCUCGCUCCUUUUCACCAUCCUCGUUUGUGACGCUGGCGCUUGAGGAGAGAGACGAAACAGGCAUGAGGUCCGCGCUGUUCCUUGCUCUCGUCGUUGUUGCCUUGGCGGCUUCGGCGUCGUUGGCGGCCGUCGAAAAGAUCACACGCAACGGCAAGUUCCUCGUCAAGCCCGACGGGACCCGCUUCUACAUCAAGGGCCUCGCUUACCAGGAGUCGCUUCCGACGGCCGAGCAGACGCCCGAGAGCCUCGGCCAGGGCGGCUACCCGGAGCCGACCAACUACGUAGACCCGCUGGCGCAGCCAGAUGCGUGCAGCCGCGACGUCAAGCUUAUGCAGGACCUGGGCAUCAAUACCAUCCGUGUCUAUAGCGUGAACAGCUCGCUGAACCACGAUGGAUGCAUGAAGACAUUUGACGACGCCGGCAUCUACGUCGUCAUUGACCUCGGACUUCCGGGCCAAGGGAGCAUCAACCGCGCCGCACCGACGUGGGAUGCGGGCCUGCUUCGGCAGUACCUGCUGACGGCUGAGGCCUUUUGGAACUACCCCAACACGCUGGCGCUGGGCGUCGCAAACGAGGUCGUGACGCAGAACAACAACACCGACGCACUGCCUUUUGUCAGGGCUGCUGCACGCGACGUCAAGGCUUUUCUCCGUGCCAAUGGCAAAUCGGACCUGCUGCUCACCUACAGCGCCGCAGACGCGCCUUCGGGGCCAACGGGCAGGAGGACGCUGCUGGCCGAGUACCUCGCCUGUGGCUCUGCCGACGAGCGCGUCGACAUCCUGGGCAUCAACUCGUACAGCUGGAUUGGCCAGUCCUCUUUCCAGGCCGCAGGGUACCAGACGCUGGUUGACGACUUCGCGAGCCUCCCGAUCCCCGUCUACUUUUCCGAGUUUGGAGGUGUGCCGGGCAAUGACCCAGACGCGAGACCGUGGACAGAGGUGGGGUCCAUCUACUCGCCACCCCUCUCCAAUGUGCUGUCUGGAGGCGUCGCAUUCACCUACUUCCCCAAAGACCCUUCAUCGGAGGGCAAGGACUACUCGCUGACGACCAUGGACGGGAACAACAUCACACCCCGGCCCAGCUUCCAGGCGCUCAAAACGCAACUCGGCGCCGCCAACCCGCCCACGUCGCUGGCCAACAAUACCGGUGGCUCGUCGACAAUCGACUGCCCAGCGCAGUCGGACGCCUUUCUGGCCUCGACGACGCUGCCGCCCACGCCCGACGACGCCCUUUGCGCCUGCGGCCUGGCGAACGUCUUUUCGUGCGUGGCUAACCAGAGAGCUCAGUCGUCUCCCGACAUCAUUGGCACGCUUCUCGACUAUACAUGCAGCGCCCUGGGCGAGCUCGGCCAGAAUUGCUCGGGAGUCGAGGCAAGCGGCACGACGGGCACCUACGGGACCUGGUCCUCUUGCAACGCCGCACAGCGGCUCGACUGGGCCAUGUCGCAGUUUUACGAUGCCAACAACCGGCAAGCAGAGGCGUGCAGCUUUAGUGGCAACGCAACGUCCAACACAAACAUCACGACGGUGCAAGCAGCCAGGAGCGGCCAGGAGCAGUGCCUGCGCGAUAACCCCGUCGGCGUCCGCACGCCUACGCUCAAUGCGGGCACCGGCAAUGGCAGUACCGGCCGCGGUGGCGAGGCGGGAGGGAGCACCAACGCCCAGGGUGACAACAGCGCUGCCCAUCACUCAUUCCAGCUGGUCGCACUCCUCGCCUUGACAGUCUGCUCGACGGUUCUUAUCGCGCUUGUCCUCUGAGAAAGAACAACACCAUCUAUCGCUCCAUCUGCCGCGGGUUCCGAGCCCGAUUAGACCUUUUAUUUUUUUUCCCUCUCCCGGAUAAUUCAUUCAGUAGGUUGAUCUUUGCCUGUAGCCAUAUCAUGCAUGCGGUCUCUUGCUCUUCCGUUCGCUUCUCUCUAGAGACGGAGAAGAGACCAGCUGAUCCAGAGCCCCGGGAGAGACAAGAGAAAGAUCUAGCGAAAGCUAGGCAG